AUCCUGAUAGUCAUAUUGGCUAUCGUGAUUCCAGUAGGAGUGGUCCUGUCCAACAAAAACAAAUCAUCAACUCCGGCAAAUACAGCCAGCGACUCAUCAAGUUCGUCGAAUUCGCCUUCAAACAAGAACCUAGACGGCAUUUCGCAAUCAGACAUACCAAAGGAAGCUCAGGGAACAGUCUUAGAUCCCUUUACCUGGUACGACACCACAGACUUCAAUGUCACAUACACGUCAGCGACUGUAGGCGGACUCUCUACGAUGGGACUCAACGACACCUGGGAUGACUCGACACAAGCCAAUGCCAACGUACCCGCUCUCAACAAGCCUUGGGAGUAUGGCAAGAUGCCCAUCAGGGGAGUCAACGCCGGAGGCUGGUUCAGCAUCGAACCAGUCAUCACGCCUUCCCUCUUCUCCGACUUCAAGACCAGCGAUGGAGUUAUCGACGAAUGGACGCUAUGCAGUAAAUUAGGAGCAAGCAGAGCUCAAACAACACUCGAAAAACACUACGCGACCUUCAUCACCGAAGCAGACUUUGCUGGCAUGCAAGCCGCGGGCUUCGACCAUGUACGCAUCCCCUUCUCCUACUGGGCAGUCACGACUUACGACAACGACCCCUACGUCGCCAAAGUAUCAUGGCGCUACCUCCUCCGCGCCAUCGAAUGGGCCCGCAAAUACGGCAUACGCAUCAACCUCGACCUCCACGGCGCCCCAGGCAGUCAAAAUGGCUGGAACCACAGCGGACACCAAGGCGCCAUAAACUGGCUGAAUGGUACAGAUGGCACAAUAAAUGGCCAACGUACCCUGGAUAUCCACUCUCAACUCAGCACUUUCUUCGCUCAGCCUCGCUACAAGAAUAUCAUCACCAUCUACGGUCUUGUCAACGAGCCCAAGAUGACAUAUCUGGAUGUGGACACUGUGCUCACGUGGACGAAAACCGCAAUUCAGAAGAUACGUGCAAACAACAUGACUGCAGUCGUCACCUUCGGCGAUGGCUUUAGAGGCUUGGAUAACUGGCAAGGCGAGCUUCAGGAUUUCGAUAAUCUGCUGCUUGAUGUGCACCAAUACGUCAUCUUCAACAAUCAACAAAUCGCCCUUGAUCACAGCGCCAAAGUCGACUUUGCUUGCGGUGGCUGGACGAACCAAACUCUACGCUCUAGCAACAAGGCCACUGGCUUUGGCCCUACACUUUGCGGCGAAUGGAGUCAAGCAGACACAGACUGUGCCACCUACCUCAACAAUGUGGGCGUGGGAUCACGCUGGGAAGGCACUCUGAACAUGGUCUCCACACCCGGCGGCUCCCUCGAUGGCUCCGUUCUCAAUCCAACUUGUCCCACGGCCAAUUCUCCGCGCUGCUCUUGCUCCAAUGCCAAUGCAUCACCCUCAUCCUACUCAGCGGGGUACAAACAAUGGCUCAGAGACUUUGCGGAAGCGCAGAUGUUCAGCUUUGAGCAGGGGUGGGGUUGGUUCUACUGGACGUGGAAGACGGAGACUGCAGCUCAAUGGAGUUACAAAGACGGUCUUGCUGCUGGUAUUUUACCGGAGAAGACUUGGGCCCGGACGUUCAAGUGUGGUAGUGUUCCGGAUUAUGCUGGAUUGGGGUUGCCUGAGAAUUACUAG